CCCCGGCUGCGGGUCUCGUGUGUGCACCCCCCUCCCGCCCCCCGUGCGCUCUCGGUCCCUCCCUGGGAACAGGCGCUGCCCACCCAAGGAGGCGACCGGCGCUCCUGCCCCGCUGCCGCUCGCUCUCACACACACACAUACACACACACACACUCAUACACAUACACACACACGCACCCGUGCGUGCGCUUCUCGCUCCCGCACUGGAGUCAGUGCCUGUGCCUGCAGGUUGCUCAGACCUGAAAUCUAAGGGAAAAGCUCAGCGUUUGCGUCGCUGCUCCUGCAGCCGGUGGUGGUAGCGGUGAAGAGGAGAGAGGGUUGUGGGGUUUUUUUUGCUCGGUGGCUUUUUUUUUGGCCCCCUUGAAUUCAAUGGAUCUGAACUUGGAGCCUUUAGACGUCGGCGGUAUUGGAAUAUCUACAUGCUGAUCAUCUUUGUUGUGACACAUCAAGUCGUUUGGGGAAACCAUCCGAAGACAGCAAGAUGUUUCUCGUUCUCUUGUACUUCGCUUUGCCCUUAGUGGAAGUGAGUUCGCUGCCUGGAGGGGACCGCCUGGACUGCGUGAAAGCCAGCGAUCAGUGUCUGAAGGAGCAGAGCUGUAGUACUAAAUUCAGGACACUGAGGCAGUGUGUAGCCGGCAAAGAGAGCAACUUCAGCCGGGCCACGGGCCUGGAGGCGAAGGACGAAUGCAGAAGCGCCAUGGAAGCUCUCAAGCAGAAAUCCCUGUACAACUGCCGCUGCAAGAGGGGCAUGAAGAAGGAGAAGAACUGCCUGCGCAUUUACUGGAGCAUGUACCAGAGCUUGCAGGGGAAUGACUUGCUUGAAGAUUCCCCUUAUGAGCCAGUUAACAGCAGACUAUCAGACAUAUUCAGACUAGCACCAAUUGUAUCAGUGGAGCCAGUACUUUCAAAGGGGAACAAUUGCUUGGAUGCAGCCAAAGCUUGUAACCUAAAUGAUACCUGCAAGAGGUUCAGAUCUGCUUACAUAACCCCCUGCACCAGCAGCACGUCUAAUGAGAUCUGUAACAAGCGGAAGUGUCAUAAGGCCCUCCGGCUAUUUUUUGACAAGGUCCCCCCAAAGCACAGCUACGGGAUGCUCUUCUGCUCCUGUCGAGACGUAGCCUGUACAGAAAGGAGACGGCAGACUAUUGUUCCUGUGUGUUCAUAUGAGGACAGGGAGAAACCAAACUGCCUGAAUUUGCAAGAGUCCUGCAAGAAGAAUUACAUCUGCAGAUCUCGCCUUGCAGAUUUCUUCACAAACUGCCAGCCUGAGUCACGCUCUGUUAGUAGCUGUCUGAAGGAGAACUAUGCUGACUGCCUGCUCGCUUACUCUGGGCUCAUUGGCACCGUGAUGACACCCAACUACAUCGACUCCAGCAGCCUCAGCGUGGCCCCGUGGUGCGACUGCAGCAACAGUGGCAACGACAUAGAUGAAUGCCUGAAAUUUCUGAAUUUCUUCCAGGACAACAUAUGCCUUAAAAAUGCAAUUCAGGCCUUCGGAAAUGGCACUGAUGUGAACGUCUGGCAGCCAAUUCUACCAGUACAGACCACUACAGCCACAACUACAACAGCUUCCAGACUUAAAAACACAGGGUCAGAGACCACCAACAACGAAAUACCCUCCCACAAUGAUUCACCAGCAUGUGCAAACCUGCAGGCACAGAAGAAACGAAAAUCCAACGAAUCUGUAGAUACAGAGCUCUGUCUUAAUGAGAACGCUCUCGGGAAGGACAACACAGCGGGAGUCUCCACCAGUCACAUAUCCGCGGAGAAUUCCCUGGCUCUUCCUACCAGCUUCUAUCUAAGCACACAGCUCACCCUGAUGACUAUCAAGGAUGCCAGGCUUUUGUCUAAUGGUGAAUGUUCUCCCAGAGAGUGGACUUUAUGA